GAGGAGAAAAGUCUCACACGACGUCUUGUCUGCUGACAGAGAAUGGACGCCAAACGUCUACUGGAAUUAAUCCUUAUUUUAGUGCUUCACUUUCAAGGCAUCAGUGGAAGAGAAUUCUUUCUCUAUAAGAGACCUGGAGAAGAAGCCGUUCUGUCCUGUACCACUGAAUCAUCCUCCCCCCCAACAUGCUCCAUGGUUACAUGGCUUUACAACAGAGAUCGAGUUCAGACUCUCACUGAGGUCAGGAAUGGAAAUGUUGGACAGAGCUCAGCCCGAGCUGCCAGGCUGAGUGUGAACACUGACUGCUCUUUGGUCAUUAACAACAUCACUGCUGAGGAUGCUGGUCUAUACACCUGUCGGCAGGGGAGAGACACUAGUACAGAUGUAGAUACAUAUCUAAGUGUUAUGACAAUCUCUCCAUCUCCACCAGACGCUGAUCCAAAGAGGGACGGUCAAGUCACAUUAGAGUGCUCUCUGAUUAGAAUAAGAGACCGUCCUUGUCUAGAGAACAGCAUCCGCUGGGUGGAUGAGACAGGAGCUGAGCUGCUUGGUGAAGGUGAUGGGUACCGUGUCCUCCAACAGACGGACUGUGUCUCUCGUCUGAUUGUGAAGCGUCAGAGUGGCCCCAACAGGAAGUACACCUGCCAGGUUGUUGAGGAGAAGAAUGUAAAGAUAGAGGCUGACUACCCACCUGACUUCAACGAUCCUAAUCAGAUCUACAUCAUCAUCGGGGGUGUGGUCGGGGCGCUGGUAGUGCUGGUCGUCAUCGCCGCUGUUCUCAUCAUAUACAGGAAGAGAGCCAACGUGACAGAGGGUCAGUGA